GUUUCUCCACCUCUUAUUCGUUUCGGCGCUUUCUUUUUCAACGGACUGAAUUUUCUUUAACUGCUCCAUUUACGCAAGCGAAAAGAAUCGAUGCAAUUGCCAAGAUCCGGAAACAUUGCGCCCUAGGCAACGCAAUCGCAAGUGGGCGCCCCACCAAGGACGACCUAGAAACGCCCCACAAGCCCCACGGAAAGUAGGACAGGUGACAUCACCAUAGAUCACCAUGAUCCACGUCGGCGAGAACUCGUGGAAUCUGCGGAUCUUCAUCACGGACCUAGCGCUGGAGAAGACGAUGCGCGUGCGCGGUGACCAGCACAUUGGGGGCAUCAUGCUGCAACUGGUGGAUCCGGAGAAUCCCAAGGACUGGUCGGAUCAUGCGCUUUGGUGGCCCGCCAGGAAUGUGUGGCUCAGCAGGACGAGACUAACCCUGGAUCAGUGCGGUGUCCAGGCGGACAGUCUGCUGCACUUUACGCCCAUGCACAAGAUACUGCGGGUGCAGCUGCCGGACUUAAGGUAUCUCGACUGUCGCGUGGACUACUCCGUGAAGACCUUUUCGGCGGUGGUUAAUCUGUGCAAGCAGCUGGACAUCCGCUAUCCGGAGGAGCUCUCCCUGUGCAAACCACUUGAGGCGGAGCACCUGAAGCGCAACUUCGCCCAGGUGCCGCACCAGAAGAGAGUGCCCAUCGCUGAGCCGGAUGGCACCACUUACCUACAGCCGGCUGCAGACACCAACUCCUUUGUGCCAAUCAGCACUUCGUUUCAUGGAGAUGGUGGAAGCACUGGCAGUUUGGACAAGCCCUCGGCACCGGGAUCCUUCUUCUGCGCUCCUCUGUCGCCGCACAAUCACCGAGCUCGCUCGCCCUUGGCCACGGCCUCACCUUCCCCCGGCACCUGGAAGCAAAGCCAACUGGGUUAUGCCACCUACGAUUCAAGCUCCUCAAGUCUUGGUGACUUUCAGGAGAAUCUGGCCAGCUCACCGCCCACUCCUUGCUCCGAUGUGCGGGCCCUUCAGCUGCGCCCCAAGUCACUGGUGGAGAAGGCCCGACUGAAUGUGGGCUGGCUGGACUCGUCGCUGUCCAUCAUGGAACAGGGCAUUCGGGAGUACGACACGUUGUGCCUACGCUUCAAGUACUUCACCUUCUUCGACCUGAAUCCCAGGUGCGACCAGGUGCGCAUCAAUCAGCUGUACGAGCAGGCCAAGUGGAGUGUGUUAAACGAAGAGCUGGACUGCACCGAGGAAGAGAGCCUUAUGUUCGCUGCCCUGCAGUUCCAGGUCAACCAUCACGUGGAUCCCACGCCCCAAGGUGGAGCGGUGGACUCUGGCAUCGAGACAUCCAGUCAGGAGAAUGACAACGACGACGAGAUCGAUUCGGCUCUCAAGGAGCUUCAGAUCACGCUGGAGGGACCGGAUUUUGGCGGAGAUUCGCGGAACAUCACACGCAUACCCGAGCUCUCCGACUAUCUGCGGUACCUGAAGCCGCAGAGAUUUACGCUGCGCGGCUACAAGCGAUACUACUUCACCUACCGUGAUUUGCACUUGCACUUGUUCAAGAACGCAGAGGAAUCGCGACGCGUUGCCCCCGUUAUUAGCAUAAACCUAAAGGGCUGCGAGGUCACCCCGGAUGUUAACCUUGCGCAGGGCAAGUACGCCAUUCGACUGGAGGUCCCUUCGAACGGAGGACACGGCACCAACAGCGAGGUGUGGGUGCGCUGCGAGAACGAGCAGCAGUACGCUAAGUGGAUGGCCGCCUGCCGACUAGCGGCCAAGGGAAGAUCCCUGGCGGACAGCUCGUACGAGAGUGAAGUGGAUGGCAUACUUUCGCUACUGCAGAUGCAGCGACCGGUGCACGGAGUACAUGUCAACAUUGAUCCGCGCUCCGUGGAAGCUGUUGACUACCUUUCGCCCAAGAUACAUCGCAAACUAUCGAACAAGGCAGUGCAGCGGAUCCUCGAAGCUCAUGCCAACGUUAGGGACUUGAAUCCUCUGGACUCGAAGAUGAAGUACAUCCAGGCAUGGCGAUCACUGCCAGACUUCGGAGUCAGCUUGUUUAUCAUCAAGUUCGACGGGCAUCGGAAGGAGGAGCUGCUGGGCGUGGCCCACAACCGCAUCAUGCGCAUGGAUCUGAGUUCAGGAGAUCACAUCAAGACCUGGCGUUAUAACACCAUGAAAGCCUGGAAUGUCAACUGGAACAUCAAGUGCAUGAUGAUCCAGUUUGAGGACGAGAACGUGGUGUUCUCCUGCCACUCUGCCGACUGCAAGGUGGUCCACGAGUUCAUCGGUGGCUACAUUUUCAUGUCGAUGCGGUCGAAGGACAACAAUCAGACCCUCAACGAGGAGCUCUUCCACAAGCUCACAGGCGGUUGGUCCUAGGAUUGUAACUCGUAUUUAAUGGCAGCCAGUUUCAGUUGUUCGAAUUUUGUAAAGAUAAGCAAAUGUUUUUAUUGUUAACCAACUGAUAGACUCACAACUUCAAUGCAAUACUUGUAUUUACGUUUAUUUUACCUUUUAAUUCGUUGUUAACUAAUCUUGUUGAUGAUUUUUAACCACGAAAAUCGCUUGCCAAUGGCCCUUUUGCCUACCAACUCUAAAACAGACUUAACCGUGGCCUUAGCAAUGUUUUUGUAUGACUAACUUUUAAGUGUACAAUAAAUAAAUAAAGACUUACCAUAUUACAA